AUGAUUGGAAAUGAAUCAUCAUCCACUAAUAAUAACGAAUGGUCUGAGUAUUUUAAAAUUUUAAAUAAUUAUAUUGAAGAAAGUAAAAAAGAAUUAGACUGGAUAGAGAUUGAGGCUUAUAUAAAUUAUGCUGCAAUAAACAAGAUUUAUAGAAG